UCUUGUGGCAAGACACGCUCAUAAUUUUCCCUUCAUCCCUUUUCCAAUUUUUUUUCUUGCACCAAAACCAAGUUUUGCUUGUGAAUAUGAUGGCAAGUUUGAAGGAGCUUUGUGGGGGCCUACCUCUUAGCCCCCUUCCAGCAAACCGUGGCAGAGACCCCAGUGUGCCUCAUGCACCUGUUCGCACUCCAAACCUGACCCCAGAGGAGAAACGGCUGGCUCUGCAGAACGCUCUGAGGUAUUUCCCUCCUGCUCUACAUGGCACCCUGGCUCCGGAGUUUGCCCAGGAGCUUAGGGAAUACGGGCACAUCUACAUGUAUCGCUUCUGCCCCACACUUCGCAUGAGGGCCUAUCCCAUUAAUCAGUACCCCUGUGAGACAAGACAUGCUGCAGCCAUCAUGCAUAUGAUCAUGAAUAAUCUGGAUCCUGACGUCGCUCAGUUUCCACAGGAGCUUGUCACCUAUGGAGGAAAUGGACAGGUAUUCAGCAAUUGGGCCCAGUUCUGGCUGGUGUUUCACUACCUGAGCACUAUGUCUGAAGAGCAGACUCUGGUGAUGUACAGUGGUCAUCCUCUAGGCCUCUUUCCCAGCCUGCCCUCCUCUCCACGCUGUGUCAUCACCAACGGCAUGGUCAUUCCAAACUAUUCUUCUAGGGAGAACUAUGAAAGAAUGUUUGCUCUUGGAAUUACCAUGUAUGGGCAAAUGACAGCCGGAAGUUACUGCUAUAUAGGCCCUCAGGGCAUUGUUCAUGGCACCAUGCUGACUGUGCUGAAUGCUGGUCGGCGGUAUCUCGGCACAAGUGACCUGAGGGGUUGUGUAUUUGUGACCUCUGGCCUUGGUGGCAUGAGUGGUGCACAAGCGAAAGCUGCUGUUAUUGCUGGCUGUGUGGGGGUCAUCGCAGAGGUUGACGAGGUUCCUCUCCAGAAGAGGUAUGAGCAAGGCUGGCUGAUGGAGGUCACUAAGGACCUUGACAACUGCAUCCAGCGCAUCAGGGAGGCCAGGAGGGCAAAGAUGGCCCUAAGCUUGGGUUACCAUGGCAAUGUUGUGGAUUUGUGGGAGCGUCUGUGGCAGGAGUAUGAGCGGACAGGGGAAUUACUAGUGGAUUUGGGUUCUGACCAGACAUCGCUGCAUAACCCAUUUAGUGGUGGAUAUUACCCAGUCCAGCUCAACGUCAGUCAGGCAAAUCAGCUCAUGCACACUGAUCCUCUACGCUUCAGGACCAUCGUACAUGAAAGUCUUCGUAGACAGGUAGCUGCCAUCAACAAACUGUCUGAGGAAGGAAUGUUCUUCUGGGAUUAUGGCAAUGCCUUCCUUCUGGAGGCGAAGAGAGCAGGUGCAGAAGUGGAGAAGUCAGGGGGAGGAGCUACAGAGUUUAAAUAUCCCUCUUAUGUACAACACAUAAUGGGUGAUAUCUUCUCCCUGGGUUUUGGUCCCUUCCGCUGGGUCUGCACCUCAGGGAACCCCGCUGACCUGGUGCAGACUGAUGACAUCGCCACAGCUGUACUGGAAGAGAUCAGUGCCACGGUGAACGAGCGUGUCCGGCAGCAAUACAGUGACAACAUCCACUGGAUCCGUGAGGCUGCAAAACACAACAUGGUUGUUGGCUCUCAGGCUCGAAUUCUCUACUCAGACCAGAGAGGGAGGGUGUCCAUCGCCUUGGCUAUAAACAAGGCCGUAGCAGAUGGCAGAGUCACUUCUCCUGUAGUGAUCAGUAGAGAUCAUCAUGAUGUCAGUGGCACAGACAGCCCCUUCAGAGAGACAUCCAACAUCUAUGAUGGGUCGGCCUUUUGUGCAGAUAUGGCUGUGCAGAAUAUCAUUGGAGAUGCAUUCCGUGGUGCUACGUGGGUUGCUUUGCAUAAUGGAGGUGGCGUUGGAUGGGGGGAGGUGAUGAAUGGAGGCUUUGGACUAGUGCUGGAUGGUUCUGAGGAGGCUGGCAAAAGAGCCAGAAUGAUGCUUAACUGGGAUGUCUCUAAUGGGGUGGCUCGGAGGUGCUGGUCAGGCAAUGCUAAUGCCUAUGAGACAAUUCAGCUCACCAUGCAAAAUCAGCGCGAGCUGAGAGUUACCAUGCCUUACAGAAUACAGGACAACCACGUAGUGGACCAAGCACUGCGGAAAUACAACUAAACUACUGAUAACAUAAAUGCAAUGACAUUUAAUGGAGAAGUUACACCACACAACAGAUAACACUUGAGUCACUAUCUUGCAUUACAAAAUUAUUGCAUUUUGUAAUUGCAUUACAAAAAGCCUAUAUUAUGUAAUAAAUCAAGCAAGAUUCAAUCCAA